AUGACGUUGCUCCUUUCAGUAGCGGUUUGUGUGUGUAGUCGCACAGUUCAUCAGAAUGCUAGAAACAACAGGCGACAUAAAUAUUCCAGAGAACGGGCAUGGGACCCUUUGUUACAAAAACGUGGUCAACAAGUACACAGUUUGGCGGAAUCCAACGAAUGUUGCCCAUCAGUUACAGAAAUCGUUCAGCCUCGUGGAGGUGUGUCCAGAUUUGGGAGGAUUCUAGAACUGUAUCACGACCAGAAUUCCACUCAAAGCUUUUACCAGACGUCUUGCCAAGAUCACAUCAAAGGCCGACCUUGCCGCUACAUCAGGUCUCACAUGCAUCUUAAGUCAAAGUGCGUUCAACGCUAUAGCUUUACCUAUGCCCUUGUUCGCGAGUUUAACACCAAAGACCCCUGGCGUCUAGAUUACAUCCGGAUACGUAACGGAUGUACGUGUGAAGUCCGACGUAACAAGAGACGGAAG